AUGGCUGCAGCAGGGAUGUGCGUUAACAACGCCGGCAGCCUCGCUGCUCUUUAUACCCCAGAGUUCAGAGCUCAAACAGUGAUUUAUCCUUUGUCAGACUCCCCCUCCGUGAAGAUGUCCCAGUCGUCUCCAGCUGAUGAGGGCACAACGUUUGAGCACCUCUGGAGCACGCUGGAGCCAGACAGCACCUACUUCGACCUCCCUCCAUCCAACCAUACGGGCAGCAAUGAGGUCUCCAACCGCACAGAGGUGACGAUGGAUGUCUUCCAGAUGAGAAGCAUGAACGACUCGGUCAUGUCCCAGUUCAAUUUGCUGAACAACAGCAUGGAUCAGAGCAUCGGCAGCCGAGCAGCCUCCACCAGCCCCUACAGCUCCGAGCACACCUCCAAUGUCCCAACGCAUUCGCCCUACUCGCAGCCCAGCUCCACCUUCGACGCCAUGUCCCCAGCUCCUGUCAUCCCCUCCAACACCGACUACCCCGGUCCCCACCACUUCGAGGUGACCUUCCAGCAGUCCAGCACCGCCAAGUCAGCCACCUGGACAUACUCUCCCCUGCUGAAGAAACUCUACUGCCAGAUUGCAAAAACAUGUCCCAUCCAGAUCAAGGUGUCCACCCCGCCGCCGCCGGGCACCAUCAUCCGGGCCAUGCCCGUCUACAAGAAGGCAGAGCACGUCACCGAAGUGGUGAAACGCUGCCCCAACCACGAGCUCGGCCGCGACUUCAAUGAUGCGAGGGUUGCGAGCGCAGCUUUUGUUCACGAGAAGUUAACGCCGCUUUAUUUUCCAAAUUUUUUCUGCAGUUUUUUAACAGGAUUGGGGUGUCCAAACUGCAUCGACUAUUUCACCUCACAAGGGUUACAGAAUAUUUACCACCUGCAGAACCUAUCCAUAGAGCUGUCGAAGGAAACGUUUGGUGUGGCCAAAACUUGCAUCGGAUCGCUCAGCCGUGUGUCCGACUCGGGCGAGCUGCAGCGGCAGCGCGUGAUGGAGGCCGUGCACUUCCGCGUGCGCCACACCAUCACCAUCCCCAACCGCGGCGGCGCCGACGAGUGGGCAGACUUUGGGUUCGACCUCCCGGACUGCAAAUCUCGCAAACAGUCCAUAAAGGAAGAAUUCACGGAGGGAGAGAUCAACUGA